UGUGCAGAACAAUGGAGAACUGGCUGCAAACAAACCCGAAACACAUCCUGGUCCUGCACUGCAGGGGAAAUAAAGGCCGUCUUGGAGUCCUGGUGGCCUCGUACAUUCACUUCAGCAACCUGACAGCGAGGUAACACUGAUUUUCAGUGGUCCAUUUCAGAGCAAGGGGGCGGUAAUUUGUUUUGCAGAAACCGAUAAUCAAUAAUCAACAAGGUAUUUGCAACAAAAUUAGAUUCAAACUGAGAUUUCCUUCUUAAAGAUGAAUCAUCGUCAAAGAUGACUACAUCUGUGGCCCAGUAGUUGUACAAGUGUGUGUACGUGUGAGAGUUGCUGAUUCAAAUCAUAGGAAGGGCAGGGUCGGUUAAAAAAACAGUGUUUUACUGUAAACCUUCACUGCUUUUCUUUUAAAUAGAAUGGUACCUUAAAACGUUGACAUCAAGAUUUAAAACAGAGGAAGUGAAACUAGUGAGUGAAAGGAAAGCUGUGGAUUUAGUAUGUAGAGAAACUGUAGAAUGUCUCCUGUAGAAUAAUUCUGUAAAUAUCCCCAGGAUAUUUACAGACUUUGCGCAACAAUCAACUUCUCAGCCCCGGAAGGAAAAAUAUAUUUUCGCUCAGACAGAAAUGUAGCCUUAAAGACUCACAUAACAGUAAAGAGUGUUCGCAGAUUAAAGAGAACCUCAGAACAAUAGACAUUGAAAGGUGAACAAAGAGUGAGUCUCUGUACAUUAUCUGAAAUAACAGACUUUGAACUCGACUUUUUAUGGUCUUUUAUCUACCAAUAAAUGUUGUUCUACAGGCAUCGUUUAAAUUCAUCUCUAAUGAGUGAUGAUGAAGUCAGGGGUCAGUAGGUCAUAGGUCACUGGCUGCUAAGACAUGCAGCACAGACAGUGGCUGUGUCUGAUUCAUUCAAUUCACGCUUAGUACUGCGGUUCAGUGGUCGUUUUUUGGUGGUUCUCAAACUGUGGUAUGUGUACCACUGGUGGUACAUGGACUAUCGUUAGUGGAGAGUAUUUUAAGCUGCAUUGGUAAUACAGUGAAGAUACACAAAAAAAGGAAUAAUAAUAAAAAUAAUAAAAAAAACGGAAUUAACAAAACCUGAAAACCCCAAAGAAGAAGUGUGAAUCUGGGGAACUGUUUUUGUCUUUCUUCGUCUCAGCUGAACAGUGUAGCCCUGCGCUGUGUCUUAAUACUGGUGCUACUUGGAGAGACAAAUACUUUCAGAGAUGAUUUAGAGUUUGAGUACUUCUGAUUGAGAAUAUUGUCUGAGUCACAGUGGUCUCCCUCAGUGCAGACCUUUCUCUGGACCACUUUGCCAUGAGAAAAUUCUACAACGACAAGCUCUCAGCUCUGAUGACUCCAUCACAGAAACGGUACGUGUGGAUGGUGGGGAGCACGCUGAAGGGAGGACUGAAGAUGAAUCCAUCUCCGUCUUUUCUUCUCUGUGUUGUUCUUCAUGGUCUUCCCAAAACAACAUCAGAAGGAGUCUUCUGUCAUAUUUCCAGGAUGUUGUCUUUUCCUGAGGGUCUACCAGAGCCUACAGGCUGUGUGCACAUCAGCAGUUUACCAUGUGACUGCAGGACAGACUGAUCGACUCUACUUUGUGCUCCAGCCGGCUCAGCUGCUCAAAGGUGACAUCAUGGUGGUUUGUUAUGAUAAGAACAGCAGGCCAGCAUCUCGUCAGGUCGUCUUCCGUCUCCAGUUUCAUACAGGCCUGGUGCAGGGACACAGUCUGACGUUUCUGAAGACAGACUUGGACAGAGCCAGUGAAGACCUCCAGUUCCCAGAAGAUGGAAAAGUGGAGCUGUUUUUUUCAGAAAGGCCUGAGAAGAUCACAGGCAGAGAGCUGUGGCACAACAGCAGCUCAGUGACGGUGGACUAUGACACACUAGACCCUCUGGUCCGACGGGACUCUUACCAACAACCUUCUUCUCCUGACGCUGCUCCACCUAUGGUCCUGGACUCUGGGAACGAGUCUGUGUACACCAGAUUGAGGAAGAAGAGCAGUGAGGAAGGGGCUUCAUUUUCCCUGACCAUCAGCAGCCCCAGCUGCAGUGACCGUACUCUGUCUGCCAGCACAGACUCAGGCCUGUCUGUAGCCUCACAGGGAAGGACCACAGCCAAACAGAGGAGGGGGUCCCCGCAGGACAAGCACACCCGGGCGGGGAAGCCUGUUUCUGGGCUGAACUUUGAGAUUGCUCAGCCUCUUCUGGAGGUUAUGGCUGAGCUUGCUGCAUGUGGUGGAGUGGAGGCGAAGGUGGCCGGAGAUGAGUCCGGACUGGGGCUCACCAUCAACGGAGAGACUUCAUCCAGCGAGAGGGAGACCGACAUACUGGACGACGAGGACGGCGUAGACGGAGCAGAACCUUCUGGGUUAGAAGUCCCGAGCUUGAGUCACAGAGCCAGAGUCCAGCCUGAGUACUCCACACACUCCUGGGUGAAGCAGCAGCAGGUGGUGGUGGUCAGUGAUGGUUACCAGGUGGAUGGAAAAGAGAAGGUGAGCACGAGGAGACUGGACCAGCCUCCACCUCUGGUGGCCCCCAACACUCCACUUCGAGGAGUCAGCAGCAGGGAAGCCGUCCACAGAGGACAGGCAGUGCACGAGGACACUGUCCACAAUGUCACUGAGUCACAGGACAGUCUGUCCCCUCAUACGAAACCCUGUUCAUCGCAGCAGGAGGACGAUCUGUCCUCUCUGAACACAGACAUCGACGAGUCCAUAGAACAGCUGAACCAGCUGAUCCUGGAUCUAGACCCGACCUUCGUUCCAGUUCCUACUCGCUGUGCUCCACUGUCACGUUCUGCUUCUCUACACACCAACGGGCUCAGCCACAAAGGAAACUCACAUCUGUCAGGGUGGAAGCAGCAGAAACAGAUCAGUGACAUCACAGACUACACUGCCGCACUUCACAGUCCAUCGUGGAGAUCAGGACGGGCCCAGACCUUCAGGGGCUCCCCGGUCUACAGCCCCUCUUACUCGCCUUCUCUGCAAGGACAUCUAUACAAAGCCAACAGCAUGGAUGGACAGGGACUCGUUGACGGCCAGGACUUCGUCCCCCAAACCCCAGCAUUCCCGGUAUCUCCACCGACACCUUACGUCAAACAUUUCUCUGAGGUUUCUCAGCUGAGGACCAGUGAACAGUGGGACCAGCACAGCUGGACACCAGAUGCCCGGAGUUUCCUGGAGACCAUGAACCACAGCGGUGGCGGCGGCUCCACAGAGGGAGACCGGUUCAGACCAGACCUGUCGCUCAAUCCUGCUUCCUGUCAGAGGGUCUUUGGUUCCAUGCGCUCUGUGUCAUCAGGAAGUCCCCUCCCCAGCACAGACAGUACCACUCCUCCACCAGUAUGGCAUGACCGCACUCCUAACUCCCUCAACUCUCCCUACCGUGCCCAUCCGUCACCUCCUCUCUCCCUCAGCUCCCCGAACGCCCACAGUUCUCCCCGAGGAGCUCUGAAGAACGCCGGUGCAGGUGAACGCAGGACCACAGACAGCACGGACUUGUCCUCACUGUUAGGGAACAAUGGGCUGGACCACAGCCUGCUGGAGGCCAUGGAGGGCCUGGGGGAGCUGAACCUCGGAGGAGAAGGAGGCCUCGCUCCACUGCUGCCGGAGAAGAGGAGGUGGGGUGAGGUGGGAGAGGUUGGCUCCCGUUCUCCUUCUCUCAGUGGGUUUUCCAGUCCUCACAGCGGGAGCAGUGUGAGCAUCCCGUUCUCCUCGUCCAUGUCCUCCGAUCCUCUGAGGGGUCUUGGUGGGGCAUCGUCCCCCGGAGCAGAAUCGGUGAACAAGCAGGACACUGUGAAGUUUGUUCAGGACACGUCCAAGUUCUGGUACAAGCCGGACAUCUCCAGAGACCAGGCCAUCACCGUGCUUAAAGAUAAGGAGCCCGGCUCUUUCGUUGUCAGGGACAGUCACUCAUUCCGAGGAGCGUACGGAUUGGCCAUGAAGGUGGCCACGCCCCCUCCUUCUGUGGUUCACCAGAGUAAGAAAGCUGGAGAUUUGUCCAAUGAGCUGGUGAGACACUUCCUGAUUGAGUGCACCCCCAAAGGAGUUCGUCUGAAAGGCUGUCCCAACGAGCCCUACUUUGGAAGCCUCACUGCUCUGGUGUGUCAGCACUCCAUCACCCCACUGGCUCUGCCCUGUAAACUCAUCCUGCCCGACAAAGACCCACUGGUGGAGAUGAAUGACUCUUCUGCACAAACAGCUACAAACUCAGCAGCUGAACUCCUCAAACAGGGAGCAGCCUGUAACGUGUGGUACCUGGGCUCCGUGGAGUUGGAAUCACUGACGGGACACCAGGCCGUGCAGAAGGCCACCACAGUCACGCUCUCCAUGGAUCCACCUCCUGCCUCCACCGUGGUCCACUUCAAAGUGUCAGCGCAGGGCAUCACACUGACCGACAACCAGAGGAAGUUGUUCUUCAGGAGACACUACGCUGUCAACACUGUAAUAUUCUGUUCUCUGGACCCUCAGGGCAGGAAAUGGACAAGAGGCAGCGGAUCCACAGCAAAGAUUUUUGGGUUCGUAGCCAGAAAAUCUCAGAGCGAGACUGAAAACAUGUGCCAUCUGUUCGCUGAGCACGACCCGGAGCAGCCAGCCAGCGCCAUCGUCAACUUUGUCUCAAAGGUCAUGAUUGGGUCACAUAAAAAAUAGAAAAAAAAUAGCAAGAGAGAAAAGGACUCUCAACGUCAAAAACUGAAUCUUCAUCUCACGGACGGAAGUGACGGAGUUUUAAUCUAAUUAACAAAGACACGGUUUUGUCGAGAACCAAAGACGACGACGCUGCACAUUUCUUCACUGUGCCCCGUUGGCCUACUCCGAGGUCUUCAUCUGAGGUUCAAUUAUGUAACAUUGACACUAGAGGGAGCCAAAACAUUUCUGCAAAAGUCUCACAUUUCCAUUUGAUGAAAUAUACUGUAUAUACAUAUAUGAAACCUGUAUAGACACAAACGAUCCGCUAUAAAGACUAGAAUUUGACAUAUUUCAAUUAAAUAAAAUAUUUUUUUCAAUGACACCUGGAGAAUACGAAAACUGCAUAUGGUAUUAAUAUCACGCUAGAAUAUCUGUGUAGAACUGUGUAUAUCAGGUUCCUGUUCGUCAUUUUUGUGCAAACCACAGAUGUAUUGUACCCUUUCAUGUCACGUGACCAAGCCAGAGAUGUGGGUCACAUGGACUCGUGAUGGAUUUAUUGUGUUAUGUCUGUAUAUUUCUCAUAGUAUUUAUCCCUUUUUACCCACGUGUAAAAGGCUGUGUCGUCACUAAUGAUAUACUGUAUAUGACAUAUAUUUUUGUAUAUUAACACAAAGUGUAUGUUUGGAUUAAAGGCAGAAAUAAUUAUGUA